AUGGGUGACUUUAAUGUCAUCAUGGAAUCAAGUGUGAAAAAAGGAUUCAGAAGUCAUAGAUUCUGUAGAAGUUUGGGUUUUAGCAAAUGCAUGGAAGAAUGUGGAAUGAUGGAUGCAGGAUUUUCUGGGAAUAACUUUACUUGGACUAAUGGAAGAAGGAUGAGAAACAGAAUCAUGAAAAGAUUGGAUAGGGUUAUGUACAAUGAUAAAUGGUUAGAAGAAUUUUCUAUUGUUACCGUUAGACACUUGCCAAGAACAGCGUCUGACCAUAACACCAUCCUACUCAAAUGUGCUUUGAGUGAUACACCUCCUAUCAGAUACCUCAAAUUCCUCAAUUUUUGGACUGACCAAAUAGAUUUCAAGGAUAUUGUGAAGAACAAUGGGAGGAACAUGUCAAUGGCAAUGCCAUGUAUGUGA